UUAAACAAAAUUUCAGUAUAUAAUAAUUAAGGACAAGAUAUAUACAUAUAUAUUCAGACGGACGCGGUGUGCUUGAAGCAACUCGCGAUAUGUUUGGACUAACGCGUCAUGUCGUCUUUCGCGUAAUCAAAGCGCCCGUGCUCUAUCGACGCUAUGCCUCCCAGGCCAUCAACCAGAUGCUGAUGCUGCAACAGAUGGACAUCUGCGCAGAUCAACCAUCGCGUGGCCUCGUCGUUGGCGUUUACGCGGACGAAGAGGACAAAAACGAUGCGGGCAUUCUGACUCCUGCCGGCUGGCGCUACAAUAUACAAAAAACCAACGGUCGUCUUAUCGAGGUGCUCCGCAUGUCUGGACCCAUGCCCAAGCGUGGCGAGGCGCGUCUGCUCUUUGCCAUUGAACCUGAGCGUAUACCCUACUAUUCGGUGGUUGCCGUUGUGGGUCUGGGCAAGGAGUGCCUUGGCUACAAUCCAUACGAGGUCUUGGAUGAACAAAAGGAAGCUAUACGUCGCUCCGUAGCCAAGGCCUGUCAAGUGCUGGCCGAACUAGAUACCGACCGUAUUGAAGUAGAAAAUUGCGGUCACGCCGAAUCCGCUGCUGAGGGUGCGGCUUUAGGCAUUUGGGCAUAUCAAGAGAUGCGUGAUCCCAAGACGCGCAUUUCAGUGCCCUCAAUUGAUCUGUACGCCACUAAAGAUGAGGUCUGCGACAUUGAGGGCUGGCGCAUUGGAUUGCAAAAGGCAGCAGCGCAGAAUCUAACUCGCCAGUUGCAAGAGAUGCCCUCCAACCUGCUGACACCCACAGCCUUUGCGCAGAAUGUGGUCGAGGUGCUCUGUAAGUCUGGCGUAAAUGUAGAGGUUAAAGUCGAGGGCUGGGCGGAGAGCCAGUCCAUGCACGCCUUUCUAGCAGUAGGCAAAGCCUCCUGUGAACCUCCCAUAUUCCUGGAGCUCAGCUACUACGGCACCUGCGCUGAGGAACGGCCAAUUGUGCUGGUGGGUCAGGGAAUCACCUUUGACGCCGGCGGUCUGUGCCUUAAAAAGCGCAAGGAGCUUUACAACAUGCGUGGGGAUAUGACUGGUGCUGCUGUUGUGGUGGCAACCUGUCGUGCUGUCGCUGGCUUGAGAUUACCGGUCAACAUACGGGGUCUGAUUCCACUCUGCGAGAACGUAGUAGGAUGCAAUUCCUUCCGUCCUGGUGACAUGGUCAAAUCCAUGAAUGGCAAGACCAUCGAAGUGCAAUGCACGGACCAUGAAGAUGUUUUGGUCCUGGCUGAUGCUUUGUUGUAUGGCCAAAACUUCUGUCCCAAGUGCAUUAUUGAUAUUGGCACCUGCUCUGGUUAUAUGCGGCAGGCGCUGGAUGAGGCUGCCUGCGGCAUUUUCACCAAUUCUGAAAUACUUUGGCAGCAGAUCAAGCAUGCCAGCAUGCACACAGGAGAUCGUGUGUGGCGCUUCCCCCUGUGGAACUAUUACAGCAAGGCUGUGCGCGCUGGUGGUCGCAGUGAUGUGCAGAACUAUGGCAUUGGACGUGGUGGUCGUCCCUGCAAGGCCGCCGCCUUCCUGCGUGAAUUUGUGCCCUGCGGUCAAUGGAUGCACAUUGAUGCCACCAAUGUUAUGGUCACCAAUGGCAUUGAUUUUGAGUAUUUGCGUCGCGGCAUGGCUGGUCGCCCCACCCGCACCCUCAUUGAGUUUAUAGCGCAGACAAUUUGCAAGGACACAGCGCCCAAGAUGGGCAAGUAGAAAAGAGAUGACAAAUGCGUGGAGUUGUUCGGGUUUCGUUUGUAUAUGUCAGCCUCUGUAUACAAGCCGAAAGUUCAAGAUUAAAGCCUUGGUUAGAAUCCUUUCCUCAUUCCCAUUACCAGGUUCAAGUGAUUGUGUGCCAGUCGUUAGGCCAGCAAGUUGUCUACACGCCGUCCAUACAUUCCCGAUAUGUUCGCAAAAUUUACAGUUGAUACAUGAGAUACAUUACA